AUGAGCGACACCGUUGGAAAGGUGAUUCGAUGUCGAGCGGCAAUACUAUGGGAGCUAAAGUCGAAGAUGAAAAUCGAGGAGAUUGAAGUGGCCGUCCCUGUGAAAGAUCAAAUUAGGGUCAAGAUCAUUUACAAUGCACUUUGUCACUCGGAUCUUCAUGUUAUUGACGGAUCACUAAAAACAAGACUGCCGAUUAUAUUGGGUCAUGAAGCGACCGGAAUUGUGGAAAGUGUUGGCGAUGAAGUGAAGGCAUUCAAAACAGGUGAUGUUGUGAUUCCGCUCUAUCAACCCCAAUGUCGUAAAUGUGCAGCUUGUCAACACGGCGACACAAAUCUUUGCACAUCACUCAGUUUUUCAAAUGAAGGUUCUCAUUUUACCUGCAGAGGAAAGCAGGUGUUUCCCUUUAUGGGUCUGGGCACAUUCAGUGAGUACGCUGUGAUCAGAGAGCACAUGCUUGUCAAGAUUGAUCCGCGUGCCCCAUUGGAUAAGGCUUGUCUUGCUGGGUGUGGUCUCGCAACAGGAUAUGGGGCUGCUGUCAAUACUGCGCAGAUUCGACGAGGCGAAAGAGUUGCGGUGAUUGGUCUUGGAGGAGUCGGUCUUUCCGCCAUUCAAGGAGCAAAGAAUGCAGGAGCAUCUGCAAUAUAUGCCAUUGACAUCAAUUCAGAGAAAUUCGAUUCUGCUCGCAAAAUGGGUGCCACGCAUUGCGUGAAUCCAAGAGAUGUGCCGAAGGAUGGGAAAUUUGGGAGCUGGUUUAUCAAAAAUUUCGGUGCCGUGGAUAAAUCACUGGAGUGUAUCGGAAAUGUGCAGUGUAUGAAAGAUGCUGUGGAAAUCGUGGAACGAGGCUGGGGAAGGGCAGUGAUGGUGGGGAUUGCCCCUGAUGGAGCUACUCUUUCUUUCAAUCCCGGUCAUCUCACCAUUGGCAAGACAAUCACUGGAUCUAUUUUUGGCGGCUGGAAGUCCAUUGACGAUAUCCCGAUGCUAGUGGAAGAAAUGAGAAAAGGGAAAAUAGAGGUUGACCCUUUGAUUACUCAUCGAUUCGAUUUGGAGAAAGUUGAUGAGGCUGUCGAAUUGUUGAAGAAUGGAAAAAGCAUUCGAUCGGUGAUUUCACUGUCGAAACUU